AUGGCCAAUAUCGUGGAUCAUGUCGACAGAAUAUCAGCAUUAUCCAGAUCUAUCCAUGCAGCUGCUACUCCCGUAUCCAACAGUCCCAUCCCCGGUCCCUUCACGCACGCAGUCCUACAAGCACCACUGGGAGACAUAAUUCGCGACAUUGAUCCCACAGAGAUAGGCCUUUUCUCGCUUGUCCACCCCUCUCAGCCGACCAUACCUGAAGCAGAGCCCGGCAACAUUGAAAUCACGAGAGUUGAGUUCUUAGGUGCUACGCCACUUCGCAAACCGCCAUCUUCAAGGGCUGGAAACGCUGGUGGGGCACGAGGUCCUCGGGAGCAUGGCCCUGAGGUUUACGCCAACGCCGCCUUGAAAUACCUCGAUAGAUACCAGUCCAUUCGUCCCAUGCCAAGAGCAGCAGAGCAAGCUGCACAAAUUGUAGUGCGUUUAGAGGAGGUCAAAGCGAGCAUACACGUUCUUAAUCAACAACUCGAACAACACCCGAGUAGCGAGCCCGAUGAACCACCCCGCUCUCCUAAAGCCGCGAUUAAGGAUGAGGAACAACGCAUUAGCGAACUACAGUCUCAGAUUCAGCGGUUGAGGAAAAGAAAAGAAGAGCUGGCCACAAAGAAGCUCCGUGCUCCUCUCAAGUCGAGGCGCCAAUCGAGAGGACAUGCUAUUGAACCUCCACUGGAUGACGGAGAGGCCUCCUUCUGGAACACGCCUGGUGCUGCUGCUCGCACUCUGCACUUCACCGGUGACUCGCUCCUCGAUGAAGAGGUCGAUUUGGCGAACGUUUCAACCACGUCUUUUGGAACACCCACCGCUGUUCAUAAGAAGGCCCCCUUGAAGCUAACACCUAUCCAUGACGCGUAUCCGGGUCAAUCAAGUGAUCAGGAAGAUGAAGAUAGCGAAGAUGAAGUUUUGGACGAGCUGGAUGGACCCGUGGAUCCAACUGUAGUACUUGGUGCCGCAUUGGAGCCUCAAGCGCAAGCAUCGCCCGAGAAUCCCAGCGAACCUGAAGAGCCUGAGGACGCCGUUAGCCCUCCAGCAGCUCAAGACGACGGACCGUCUAACUCCGCGACACCCCACCGGCAGAGAAUUAAGGUGACGACGGAACUCGAGCGCAUCGUGGUACGUAUUCGAACUACGCUCUUCAACGUCUUGCUCAUCUUUGUCUCGCCGCACCAACAGGAGAAGAUCUGGGCAGCGGUCGGAGAAGUGAUCAUGCCUGGGCAUCCCUUCGAUGCCCUGGGGAAAAGUACAAGCAAAGGGAAACCCCCUCGUGCCAAGGAAACUAUGUCAUAUCUGCGGGAGUUAUCGACCCACGAGCUCUCGCCGUCGUCGCCUUCUGCGUCAAGCUUCUCGUCCCUCUCUGCACCUGCUGGUCCAUCGUCAGUACCGACUGCGCAGCAAGUCUUGACAGCCCACAUGCUCCUUAUCCUUCUCGAGUCUCCGUCGCAAUCGCUUACUCUUCGGGUCCUCAAGGAGAACCUCUCUGCUAAAGCCACCAGCGUGGGCGCGAACUCGGCGGCAGCGUUGAUCGGCGGGAGCGCUGUUACGAAACCUCUGUAUGGCUGCGUGGCGAAACGAUUGCUCAAGAUAGAACGCGGUGCAGGAGAGCAGGUCGUGAAGUUCGAUCUAUAG